AUGAUUACUAGAAGAUUAUCAGCUGUACAAUUGACUAGACGGUAUUUAUCCCAUGAAUUGAAGGAGAAAAACAAGAGAUUCAUUCAAACAAUCCCUUCAAGUACGGGGAACGGCUCAAACUCGUUUUAUGGUUUCCAGCAUGAGCAAGCUAGAGAACCCAAAUUGAUUGAAAGAAAUCCCAGUUCAAAGUGGGCAAAACAUUCGUUGGGAUUCCCAUCGCAACCUAUCAGUCCUCCAAAACAGGAGCAACCACAAGGUCAAACACAAGCACAAGCAUCUAAAGCACCAGUAAGGAGGCUGAGGACGUCAAGAUUCAAGACGGUAAAUAACCUUUCUUCAGUACAGCCAUCAACGUUGAAAACAUCAUCAGAUUCCAAUACAACUACAAAGACAGCUCAAUCUCAACCAGAGUCAUCGCCAUCACAGGUUAUUGAGAUAACUUCAGACCCAGCAGUUCAAGCAGCAUCAUCAUCGAUACAAAAAUUACCAAAGCCAUUAACGACAGAAACGAUACCAAAGACAAACACAGCAUCUACCCCCAAGAAGAAACGUACGUUGCGUCCACGUAAGGCAUUGAUCACGCUAUCGUCCAAUGCAGUAUCUCAUUUGCAAGCAUUAUUGGACCAACCCGAACCAAAAUUGAUUAGAAUAGGAGUUAGGAAUAGAGGAUGCAGUGGAUUGACAUAUAACUUGGAAUACGUUGACAAGCCAGGAAAAUUUGAUGAAACCGUUGAGCAAGAUGGGGUCAAGGUGCUUAUAGACUCAAAAGCACUUUUUUCCAUCGUGGGUUCUGAAAUGGAUUGGCUUGAUGAUAAAUUGAGUUCAAGAUUCAUUUUCAAAAACCCAAAUUCGAAGGGAACUUGUGGCUGUGGAGAGUCGUUUAUGGUAUAG